CAUGUUCGAUACCCCCUUGCCAGAUUUGGUAGAGACCGAUGGGCAUGAAGCUGAGAGGCUCAGGAUUCGCAUAUGGAAUGACAUUAUACGACUGAAGCACUUGAAGGAGCAUCACAAGUGCAAGAUGAUCCAGCAAAGCAGUGCAUCCUUGCUCGAUUACUCGCAAGAACAGUCACGGAGGAAGAAGCUGGCCCGGAACCUGGAGAAGAUACUGAAUGAGAUGCUGGAGUUGGUGGAAGAGGGCCUCGCUCAAGGCUUCAUCUACGGCAUUGUACCCUACAAAGGAAAGCCUGUCAGUGGAGUCUCUAAUAACCUUCGUAAAUGGUGGAAGGAAACCGUUCGAUUCGAUCGGAACGGCCCAGCUGCGAUCAGCACGUAUCAGAGAGACAGCUGCACCCACGUCAUAAGCAAGGAGAACACCUCGGAGUUCUCCGUGCCCGAUGCACUGCAGGAACUGCAGGACACCACGUUGGGUUCGCUUUUAUCCGCCUUGAUGCCAUACUGUGACCCUCCUCAGCGGAGGUUCCCUCUGGAGAAGGGCAUUCCACCACCGUGGUGGCCCAACAUGUCGGAGGAGUGGUGGCGGGAGAUGGGCGUGCCCAAGGAUCCAAGUCCUCCACCCUACAAGAAGCCGCAUGACCUGAAGAAAGCAUGGAAAGUAAGCGUUUUGAUCGCGGUCAUCAAGCACUUGAUGCCGGACAUUGAGAAGAUCCAACGGCUCAUCGAGAAGUCCAAGGGCCUUCAGGAUAAGAUUACAGCGAGGGAAGUUGACAUACUGAACGCCGUUCUUAGACAUGAACUGAAGAAGUAUUUCGGGCACCAACAUAAUUCUCCUCCGUCUCCUCCAUCCAUGGUGGGGCAAAGCUGCAGGGAGGCUGUGGGGGAUGCCUCCACUUCCCGUAUCGAUGAGCAGCCUAUCUCGGAGGCCAUGCAGGAGGAAUCCAUGAAUGUGACGCAAUACUUAGCCAUGGACGUGAACAUGUUUACGAGACCGAACCUUACAAGCUAUGAACUUGGACCUCAAGAUCAAUCUCGAGGAAGUAUUCACCAAGAUAAAUUCGGACACAUUCAUCAUUGUGUAGCUUCAGCUUCUCAUGGCAAUCAGCCACUGGCAAAUCCAUAUGGUCCCUGUGUGCCUGUGGCGGCUGAUAGCCCUGUCCUUCCGAGUGGAGGUAUUGAGAUGAGACAUCAAGGAACUUCCAGUUCUGACAUGCAUCUCUUUCAGACAAGACUAAAUCAGGACCAAGCUCCUCUCCCGGAAGUGAUGAAGGUGGAAAUAGAUCCUCUUUUUUCAAGUUCAGUUCAAGAAGAUGAAACGGGGACAAGCAUCACCAGAGAACUUGCCAACUUAAUGCAACCUCAGAUCUUCCCCAGUGAUGAGACAGCAUCUUUUGAAUCCAUCUUUGGACAUAAUUUUGACAUCGGUCCUGCUUCUUACUUCUCAACCACGGACCAAUCUAGUCGAAUACCAUAUUCAUUUCAUGAACUGGAUGAAUAUGACUGGUCCAAAGAUUUCGGGAACUGA